GCUGAAAAUUGGAAGUCCUCUUUCUCUCUCUCACGAAUGGAGUACAAGUUGGGGAAUCUCCACCCGAGAGGGUGAGUCCAGAAAAAACUAUAUAAACCCACUCCCGCUAUUUCUUCAUCUCUCGCCACCGCAAUCCCAAUACUUCAAAAAUUCCUCCCCCUUUCUGUAAUUUCUCUAUUGUUAAUGGAUUCCGCAUCCCGCCCCUCCGUCGUCGUCAUCGGCGCUGGCGUUUCCGGCCUGUCGGCGGCGAAGGUGCUGGUGGAGAAUGGAAUAGACGACGUGGUGAUUUUGGAGGCGUCGGAUCGUAUCGGUGGAAGAGUCUGUAUGGAGAAUUUCGGCGGCGUUUCGGUGGAGCUCGGGGCGGGUUGGAUUGUCGGAGUCGGGGGGAAAGAACCCAACCCGGUUUGGGAACUCGCUCACAAAUCCAGUCUCCGUACUUGCUUCUCUGAUUACAGCAAUGCUCGCUACAAUAUCUACGAUCGAAGUGGGAAGAUUUUUCCGAGUGGUGUCGCGGCGGAUUCGUACAAGAAGGCGGUGGACUCGGCGAUUCAGAAGCUGAGGAAUCAGGGGGCCGAUGGCGCUGAUGAGGUCUCCAUUGUAUCGGAGCCGCCUUGUACGCCAAAGACGCCUAUGGAACUCGCCAUCGACUUUAUACUCCACGAUUUCGAGAUGGCAGGUUGUUCGGGAAAUACAGCACUCGAGAACCGGGGUUACUGUAACAACUGAGGAUGGAUGUAUUUUCGAAGCCAAUUAUGUGGUUUUGUCUGUUAGCAUUGGUGUGCUCCAAAGCGACCUCAUUUCCUUCACUCCACCUUUACCCAGGUGGAAAACAGAGGCCAUAGAGAAAUGUGACGUGAUGGUCUAUACAAAGAUCUUCCUCAAGUUUCCAUAUAAGUUCUGGCCGUGCGGGCCAGGGAAAGAAUUCUUUAUUUACGCCCAUGAAAGGAGGGGAUACUACACGUUUUGGCAGAACAUGGAAAAUGCCUACCCUGGGUCCAAUAUCCUGGUGGUGACAAUAACAAAUGAAGAGUCAAAACGUAUAGAAGCUCAAUCUGAUGAAGAGACAUUGAGAGAAUCCAUGGAAGUUCUCAGGGAUAUGUUCGGACCCAGCAUCCCAGAUGCCAUUGAUAUACUUGUUCCUCGCUGGUGGAGUAACAGGUUCCAGCGUGGCAGCUACAGCAACUACCCCAUCAUCUCCGAUUGCCAAGUUGUUCAAAACAUUAAGGAACCCAUUGGACGUAUCUUCUUCACCGGAGAACACACAAGCGAAAGAUUUAAUGGCUAUGUACAUGGUGGAUAUCUUGCAGGCAUAGACACAAGCAAUGCCCUGUUGGAAGAAAUGAGAAAAGAGAAGGAAAGAAAAAGUGAGGGUCAAUCAUUCUUGUUAGAGCCCUUGCUAGCAUUAACAGGAUCAUUAACUUUAACACAGACAGAGGCAGUCUCAGGCCUUCACAAAUGUGAUCUUCCAACACAAUUGUACCUAAACGGCAAGCUCGGUAUCCAGGAAGCGAUUUUAUGACUACAUGGACGACAUACGAAGGGACAUAGAUCUUGUUUGUACAACGAAGACAGCAUGGUGGGUGACGGAGAUGACCAAAAGAUGAUGGGUUUGAAUCCUAAUUCAAUUCGAGACUACAAUACCGUCCAUGACGAGGAGUGCAGGAAAUGAAGCAGGAGAAAGGUGAAGAAAAUAAAGUUAUGUGAUGGUGAUCUGCAUAGAAAUGAAGGUGUGCCUACUUGUCUUGAUUGUUGGAAGGGGUUAUUUAUUAAUCUGGGCUUUAGUUCUAGAAAUUAUUUUGUUGAUGAAAAAGCUCCUAGAGGAAUUGGUGGGGGAAAUAUUGAAUUUUCUAAUUGUAUUGUUACCGAUCUUUUAAUACAAGAAAAAAGUUGAUCUCUCA